AUGUGCACACGCGCUCACAAAGACGCUACUAGAAAAGACCCGCAGCAGCUGGCGGAGGAAACAGCGACGGUGGGAGUCACGGGUCCCUGCAGCUGCACGUCGGGGGCCCCUCCAGCUGAGGCGCUUGAGGAGCGCACGCACACGUACACGCACACGUACACGCGUACAGAUCCUGGUACGCCUAAAAUCCCCAAACGCGUAGAUGACCUGUCUGCAGUUGCAGCGCCUGAAUCGAUGUCAGCACGAGCAGCUGCUGUGGCUUCUUCUGCAGCUAGAGCGGUAGAGCCGGACUCAGAGCCCGAGCCCGAGGCGAUCAUCCCUCGGGUGGCGCUGCUGUUCCUGGUCCAGGGUGAUGGUCCUCUAGCCAAUGAGGCCCUUUGGAUCGCGUUCCUGCAGAGCGCGGCGUCCCUGGAGCUGCGGCGGCCGCCGCCAGUGGCUGCCGUACGCCGCGCCGCCGCCGUCGACCUGCAAGCCCUUGUAGGCGGGGCGCUGAAGCCACCGCUACGGCAGUACGACGAGGCCGCGUACUCGGGCUAUGCCCAACAACACCUGUUGCCCAUAGAGCCGGAGCCGGGAGACGAGCCUCCGCAGCUUCUUCAUACUCCACGGCCAUCACCGCAACCAUCGGACGGGGGGAUCAGGGCCCCGCCUGCAGCAGCACCCCUAGCUCCGGAUGCAGCUUCAGCUUCAGCUUCAGCUCCGGCGGUGAGGGCAGCAUUGCUGGAUGCCGCGCUUGUCGCCGUCAGUCAGCGACUGGUCGCUGAGCUGUUCCCGCGGCCCUGGUGCCGCGACGCCGCAUCCGCUGCUGCCAACGUAACUGGGAGCAGCAGCAGCGGCAACCCUAUCGGCGGCAAUGCCAGUUCAGCGGUGGCGAUGAAGAGCUGCAUCCGCGGCGGAGGCGGAGGCGGCGGAGGCGACGCAGGUGCCGUCAGCGGCAUGCGGAACGGAUGUGAGUGCAGCGGCGUCAGCAGUAGCAGCAACAGUAUUAACAACUUACCGUUGAGUAACAACCGCAACCGCGGUUGUGGUGGUUGUGGUUGUAAUCGUGGUGUGGGCUUUCCAGAGGGGUCGACGGCGACAGGGACGCAGGAGCCGUCUGCGGCUCCGAAACCUUCAGCCGCAGUGCACCAGGCCACAGCAUCCUGGGCUGAGGUCAAUGUGCUGCGAUUGCUGCGAAAGGCUGUACGGCAACGCAUCGACGUUAUGCGAGCGAGUGGUCGGAGCGUCGAGGGAGGCUGGAUACAGCCCCGACUGGAGCGAUGGCAAAGGUGGUUGUUGGGUUGGGGAUGGUGGCGGCGGCGGCGGCGGCAGAUGCCAUGGAAUGCUGUUGAUGCCGCUGCUGCGGAGUCGUCGUACCUCAUUGCGCAAGCGGAGAGGGAUGUACGGCAGCUGCUGGCGCUGCCUUCAGCGCCGGCCGAUGCGGCUUCCUCAGCGGCGGCAUCCAACACGGUGAUUGGCAGACAGCCUCGAGUCCGAGGUGAAUCUGGUCGUUGGUGGUGGUUGAGGUGGUUAUGGAUGCCAGGCGGGGGGACGGCGGCGAAGAGUGGAGAAGAGGAGGAGGAGGAGGAGGAGGCGCGAAAGCUAGAGGAGAUGUGGACAGCGUGGAGCUGCGGCAGUACUCCGGACAGCGGUAUCGCGACGAGUGAAGAUGUGGGCCUGCUAUCUCAGGCGGUGCUGGUGCGCGGAGCCAACACGACAAGGGGCUACGCUCAGCACGUCCUGAUACAUGCCGAGUUGCUGCUAAUCUCCGCGGCGCUGCGGGACUCUUUGACGGUGCGGCUGGUGCUGCUCAGCGAGACUUCCAUUCCCGUGAGGCUCAUCUGGGAGCAGCGGAGUCGAGUGGAUGCGUGCCUGGAUGUGGACAUCGAACUCAGCAGGUGGCACGCGUCCAUGGCCACACCGCACCUCCGUCGAGAGCAUUGGCGGAAGAGCUCGCAGGCAGCCGCAGAGGAUCCCUUCCCACCGCCGCCGCCGUCGCCACUACUACUACAACAGCUGCGAGUCAUCAAAAUGACGUUAUUGCCACUACUGCUACAGCAAAUGACGCUACAGCUGCAGCAAGUGACGCCGACGGGCAUGCUGCAACAAGUACUGGACGGACACGUGCAGCGGGCGGCGUCACGACCGGUGAUGCCAGCGGCAGCAAGGGUGAUGAAGGCCUUGACAGGUGUGGAGGCGGAGGCGGAGACCGACUGCCUGGGAGAAGCGCACUUCGCGGACUGGACCUCCGGUGGAGGCUGGCACCCUCGCAGCUUUCAGCCAACUGACAUCCGGCAGCUGGCCGCCGAUCUGGUGGCAAGUAAAAGUACAGGAGGAAGAGGUGGUGUGGGUGCGGCCCGUGUGAAGGGGGUACGGGGAUGGCGCCGGCAUCGCCAGCAGCAGCUGUGGAGGGGCCUCGAUUGGCUGUGGCAGUUGCUGGCGCUACCGGCGGCGCCAGCGGUGGUGGGGGUGGGGGUGGUAGCGCCGGCAGAUGAGCCGCCGCCUUUGCCUGACGGUCACCGGCUUUGGGGCCCCGACGAGGGCUGCUGGAUAAAACACCAUCAUGAUGACGACAUCGGCGGUGGAAGUAGUGGUGCUGAAGGCGGCGAUGGCGGCGGCGGUUAUGGCGGCAGUAGCGGUAGGGGGGCCUCCGCCUCGCUGAAGUCCCUCGGCCGCGUCUUUGCCGUACAGCUAGGGCAGAGACCGCCGUCAAAGCCGUGGUCGCCACCCGUACCUGCGGGUGCGACUGUAGCAGCAGGAGGAGGAGGAGCAGUGGAGGCGACGGCGGGGACGGAUGCAGGGGCGGUGUCGGACGUGGAAGCUCCCACACUGCGCGCCUGGCUGGAGGGUCUCGGCUACGUGCCCCUAGGUUAUCGCUGCCACCUUUUCGCGCGGAAGUUCCCUCCGGAAUCCGCCCGCAGCGCCCUUCACUUCGCCCUGGCCUGCCCACCCCGGGGCCUAGGGCUGGGCGCCUGGUGCUUCCGAAGGUCUUGGAGGCCUAGUCAACGGGAGGUGGAUCUCUUAUAUAAAGUAUGA